AAUAGUUAUUGAAAGCGGUAAUAGCGAGAGUUGCGCUACUUCGUGACGUGUUUGUUUUAUUUGAAGCUAUGGUAAGCGUUUCAGUGCAAUAUAGUCCAUAUUUGACUCAAAUAUCUAAAGCAAAAUACUCUAGAAAUUAUUUUCAUUGUGACGGAGUGGGUAGAUGACCAUAUAUUACCCCAGAUAUUCGUCCUACACAUGGUCGUCUAAAACAUCUUCCAAUGCAGUUUAUUUAGUGUUAAUUUCCUAUACCCAUGAUAAAUAAAAUCGAAUAGAAUUAAACUAAAAGUAAUCUGUCUUGUCUACCUACCACAACCUCAUUCUUCUACGUAUUCUUCAACGUUUAUGUAGUUCGAUAAGACGAUCUUAAUAAUGUGAGUCCAUAAAUCUCCUUUAUGUAGCUCGCACUUAAAUUAGCAAAGAAGUCUACUUGUUUCCUAGACUUUCUUGUAUUUUCCGUACCUCUGUCUUACGACAACUCAUCUGGUUUGCUUGCUUUUUCUCACUAAUGAUUAUGUAUUCCAUGGAGAAUUAUGUAUACCGCUUCAAGUUCACGUUAUGUGGAUACGAUUAGAAAUAGAAAAUCCACUUGUUCCAAUAUGCCUAGUUGUGAAUAGAAAGUCCAUAAAUCCUUUGAAGUUAAUUCAAAAUGAAGAUGAGCACAUACUUUCUUAUGCUUUUAAACUGAAACUAGCAAAUUGAUUCCGAUGUUAGCCAACUGUAGCAUUAUAAGUCUCAUGUAAGUACGUAUAUUGCACAUCAAAUUUAUUUUGACAUUCUAUCACAAAAUCUUACCUUUCUCAGAAAAUUGUUUUCAUUCAACUAUUAAUUUAGGUUUCUGGCAUUCAAACUAUUGAUACUAACCAUGAAGAUAUGAUACAUGAUGCUCAGUUGGACUACUAUGGAACAACUCUAGCAACAGCUUCGUCUGAUCAUUCAGUUAAAAUAUUUGAUGUUCGUAACAAGAAACAAGUUCUUAUAGCUCACUUACGAGAUCAUCAAGGACCUGUUUGGAGUUUAAGUUGGUCCCAUCCUAUGUAUGGGAGUUUAUUGGCCUCUUGCGGUUAUGAUCGUAAAGUGAUUAUCUGGCAAGAAAUCAAUGGACGAUGGGGAAAAGUCUUUGAAUAUGCUGAACAUGCUAGUUCAGUUAAUUGCGUUUGUUGGGCUCCUCAUUCUUAUGGAUUAAUGCUAGCAUGUGCCAGUUCAGAUGGGACAAUCUCCAUACUUAUAUCAGACGAAACGAGCUCUUGGCGUGCCUUUCGAAUCACAGAAGCACACUCCGUUGGUGUUAAUAGCGUGUCUUGGGCACCCUCCAUAAAUGCUGAAUUUAUAUUCAAUCCCACGUUGGCAACAAUAACAUCAACAAAUACUAUGAUUCCUCCUAUCAAAAGACUAGUUUCUGGUGGAUGUGAUUCUUUAAUUAAAAUAUGGCGUGAAGAUGUUUCUUCUGGAAAUUCAGAAUGGAUCGAAGAAACUCGUCUAGAUGGUCAUACUGAUUGGGUACGUGAUGUUGCUUGGUGUCCAAGCUUGAAUAUUUCACGGCAAUUAAUUGCUUCAUGUGGUCAAGAUGGAAGAUUAAUUAUUUGGCAGUCGACAGCUAAUAAUGAUAAUAAUAAUGAAAAUCGUAUGAUGAAUCGAUCGACAGCAGUAAAUGAUAAUAAUAAUGAUAAUAAAAACCCAAAUUCUAAUGAACUAGUAGAAUCAAAAGAUUUCCAAUCUACACAAUAUUCUACAUUUUGGCGUCCAACAAUUUUAUAUACUUAUUCCGAUGUUGUUUGGAAUGUUUCGUGGUCUGUAACUGGGAAUAUUUUAGCGGUAUCUGGAGGAGAUAAUAAGGUUACACUUUGGAAGGAAAAUUUAGAAGGAACCUGGAUUGCUUUAAGUGAAAUUGCACGUGGUGGUCAUGAUGCAUCCGCUUUAAUUGGAACUGAAGGGAAUAGUCAAACAUCAGAUCAAUCUACAACACAAUUGGCUGCUGCUUAACAGUUACCUAAUAAGAUCUGUGGCCGUAUGUGUAUACAUGCAUGUACUUAUGUAUAUGUAUUCGUGUGUCAAUACUCUUGAUUCUUUGUCCUGUACACAAUUGGUUCAUCAAUGCCUUUUAUUUCACGUUGUAAUCUAUACUUUCUGCCUUUCUAUGCUUCUACUGUUAAUGUAGUAAUAAUAUAUUUAGCUAAAGCGUUUGUUGUUAACAUUUAUAUGUUGAAUGAAUAGUUAUUAUUCACUUUUGGAAAUUCCUCGGAAAUUUGUACGACUAUUUCUAAUUACUUUUUUCAAAGGAAAUAAAUAUUCAGCUAUAAACGUUCAUAUUUAUUUUAAACAACAGUUCCACUUUUUUUCAUCUUAAAACAGCCCGCUAGUAACUUUUUAUCGGAAUGCUUGAGACGAAUUUAUAAUUAGAUGUAAUCAAAACGAUCUAACUAACAUAGAUACGUAAAUAUGUAUUUAUGAGAAAUUACAUUGUGCUCAAAUUGC